CUUUUCUGGUGACCUGCAUCACGUCUCGUUCGGUGAGUAAACAUAUAUCCGUCGAGACAGUGUUUAAUACGUAUAAAAAACACCGAUGAGCUAUGCUGUGCAAGAGCCAUUGUCACGGCGAAAGCUAGAAUAGAUAAACACGAAAAAUGGGAGAGUAUACGUAAGGGUUCCAGCAUACAAGGAUUACUGGCCGCAUAACUACACAGUGAUGCCAGCGUGUCAAGAGAAGCCUGUGGAAUUGAGGAAGUCAAGAAGUUCCAGGCCGUGUUAACAAAUUACCAACUGUACGUGAUUUCAAAAACCAUUCCAAUGGUAUAAUUUACAAGGGACCUGACUCGGACAACAAGAUAUUCUUGUAUCACCAUGACCAACAUUAUGACAUCAUCACGAGUAUGCCAGCAUUUCUAGGAAGGAGCUAUUUUUGUACAGAAUGUCAAAAAGGAUACGAUCACAAGGAGAAACAUAAAUGUAACAAUGUGUGUCAUUCCUGUUAUAAAAUACACGAGUCUAGCAAGGAUGACUGGAUUCACUGCGCUUACUGUAAUCGAUUUUUUAAGGGACAAGAGUGUUAUACUUUACACAAAAAUCAAACUGCCAAGGGAAAUUUGACCUGCAAAACCUACCAUCGCUGUGUACAUUGUUCUAAACUAUUAACAGAUCCAUGUGUAAAGGAAAACAUAAAUGCGGUGGAAAAUACUGUGGCACAUGUAAAGACUGUUGAAAAGGAACAUCAGUGUUAUAUGAAGCCAGAAGAGAAAAUUGAAGAAUCAGAUGAACAAGAAGAAGACAAUAAACAAACAUAUAUAUUUUUCGAUUUUGAGUGUACCCAAGAAGACAUUGUGGAAUGCGAAAGCGGUUUUAAAAUUGGGGAAAACGGUAAAAUCUGUAGUACCUUUGACGAUGCAAAUAACACCACGGCUAUGCAGAGAAUCAAUGUUGGUGGACAUGAUGUCACGGAAACUCUGGCACGAACUGUGGAUGCGAGAUGUGGAACCUCAUAUUCAUCUUCGUUGAGACGCCUGUUACAAAUGGAAUACUUGAAAGAGAGAGUUUGCAUAUAUGGAGAGAGUACACAACACACGCUACCUGAUGGCACAGCUGUAGAGGUGGACGAAGAAAUAAGAAAUAUUUGUGCAAUGUCACAUUAUCAUUGCCAAGAAUACGGUAAAACCCAAUAUUCCACAUUGAUGAUGAUAUCAGAUUUGAUUGGUAGAUGUUUAUAUAGCCAAAAUAAAGUUCGCAAUUAUAGACGGGUUGGUGAUCUUCAGCAAGUGAUGUAUUCGUACAGCUUUAGCUUAAAUGCUGCACAUUGUUCCAAUAUUAAUUGUUACUCGUCUAUUGUGUAAGCGGACAAUGCGUGUAUAUACUACAAAAAAUAAUAAUAGUAGGAAUAAUGAACGUACCUCUGUUAAUACCGUCCAAAGGUCCUACAGCAUGCCUUCAUGUUGAACCUCUCUACUGCAACCUUUCCACACACGUUCGGCCACAGGUACUUAAAGGCGUACUCGUCGUAAAACGGGCGCCGGUGGUGACAUUGCCGCGCGCAAUGGUAUUCGUAACAUAUUCCUACAAAACACAUUAGAUUGUCGUUAUAAGUCAUGGUACAAAAAUCGUUUUCUAUUCAAAUGUUGAGGUCUGGACUUAAACGAGCAUUCCCGUUCAUUGUCAAAUCGGAUAUAGUUUGUGUGUGUGUGUGUUGUACAUGACAGAGAAGUCAUAUGCUUCCAGAAACUGUAAUGCCAAUAAACUACAUAGUAAAGAAUUGCAUGAAUUUUGUUGUACAAUAGAUAAGUUAAAAUCCACGUUUGUUUUCGUUUUAUUAUUUUACAAGUUCCAGAGUCGGCUUGGUUUUCCAUGGUUAUAUAAGUCAAGGUCAAUCUCAGAGCCUGUAAGGUAAUGUCGUAACGUCAUUCAGCCGGGAGUUUUCGCCAAACUAAUUUUACAAUGCUUGCAGUGGUAUUGAAAUACAUCGGGGUUUUUCAAACUCAAUUGUUUUUGUUGGGAUUUUCUCUGAAAAUGGGAAAUAACAGAGACUAAUUUGGGGAAUCAGGGAACGUCGCGGAUACAGGCUACGCCAAAGCAUGGUAAAAAUGCUCCUGCUAAUACUUGACUUAUAGCCAUUAAUAAUACCUUACUACAACUUCUAACAUUUACACCAAUAAAUACACCACUAAAAGUACUGAAUAUUCGAAUACCAAUGUUACCAUUCGUUUGCAUCUCUGAUAGACACAAACACCAACUGAAAAGCAUUGCGUGACACAUAUGGUCAGUAAAAAUAAUGUUUCAUUAUUGCUUUGUUAUGGUUGUAAAUUACGUUAGUAUCUUAAUAUUACUAACACGUUAGCUAACAUGGGUGUUCAAAAGAGCGUGAAAAUAACGUUUAACAAACCACAAUUUAUCUUCGUCGAAUGGGGCAUAUUCAAGUAUAUUGAUUGAGACAAAACUUAUCAAUUGUGAGAUAACGCAAAACACUGAGAUCAGUAUGUUAACACUGAGAUCAGUAUGUUAACACUGAGAUCAGUAAGUAAACACUGAGACCAGCAUGUAAGCACUGAGAUCAGUAAGUAAACACUGAGACCAGCAUGUAAGCACUGAGAUCAGUAAGUAAACACUGAGAUCAGUUUAUUAACACUGAGAUCAGUAAGUAAACACUGAGAUCAGAUUAUUAACACUAAGAUCAGUAUGUAAACACGGCGAUCAGUAUGUAAACACGGAAAUCAGUAUGUAAACACGGAGAUCAGUAUGUAAACACGGAAAUCAGUAUGUAAACACGGAGAUCAGUAUGUAAACAUUGAGAUCAGUACACAAGCUGUUCAACUACUUCAGUUAGUGUCGCAGAUGUCAUUACGUUAAUUAUUGAGCAUUGAUUAUUGACAAUUGAUGAGGUAAAUGGUAAGUCCCAUUCUAAUGGCAAGGCUUGCUACCGGUCCCAGCAUUCACGUUCACGUUAACAAUAGUUUGUACUCGCAAUAUUCAUAAUAAACGUUGAACGUUUGUUAGUUGUGAGCGUUUCUCAAAUGCUAGUAUUCUCAGUAUUUAACAGUUAAGCAUGUUGAAAGAAACACUCCAAUAAAUAGCAAUCACAAACUACACAAAACUCAUUAAUUCAUACCUGUAAACACAUUUUCUAUUUCUUUUAGGUUAAAUAGCAAACUGCUUUAAGUUGAUAUUUGCUUACGUUAUGUAAAAAUAUCCCGACUAUAGAAAGCCUAACCGAUGUGUGUUUUGAGAAUUUGUAUUCAAUCGAAUUACCUUCAACAGAUGUGAUGGAUACAGCCAGGAGAGUACAAACGAAAAGUGCGACGAGAAGUUUAGAUGCCAUUGUCCUGCACUUAAUCACUUAGUUUUUAACGUGAUAAUACAAAUGUCCUUGUUUAGACUAGACACCGUUGUCUUUAUAUAAUAUUGUUGCGAUAAUAAUUAACAAUCUGCGCAUGCGCAUAUGUUAAUUUUCCAACGUACGUAUUUUACGUAUACGUUAUACUAUGUGAGUUCCAUUGACGUUUCCUUGUUCGGUUGCUAAUGCGUUCAUCGUGUUUAACGUCUCAUUGGUGUAUACACUUAUGACACUGUCAUCUAUAAACCACAGAUUACCGUUUGUGUAAACGUGAAUAUUGUUUGACGAGCGAUGACAGAGCAAGGCCUACUGAUUCAUUUGUGAAAAUCUAAUCGUUAAUUUAUGGGCUCUGGAACAACGUAGUAGUCAGUUAUCAGUAAUCAGUAGUUCGUAGAGUAAAAUUUUGUCAUUAAAACAGAUGUAAAUCGAAAUAUCCUUUGAUGUUAACAUUUAUUCUUUAAAGGGACUUAGUCUAAGACACCAGAUGAUACAUUUGCAAGAAAAAAAUUGUCACAAGAUUACAUAAUAUUUUUAUAGUUGUGUAUUACGGAUUAAAAUUACUUACCGAUAAAUCAGAUUGCUUGCGACACAAGUUAUUAUCGCAAUUGUUUGCGUAUUUUUCAAAUUUGAAUUUUGAUUGGUUUGUCUACCACAUCAAUUUCAGUAAAUUUAAAAAUAGCGUCAGUAGUUAUAUCAGUAAUAAUCACGUUACUUUCACACGCAUAAUAUAACCUGGGCGACUUAGCUGUGACAGCGACGAAUUGUACUUGACAAACUAAAACUGCAUGAAAAGAUCAAAAACGCAUAUCGUGGACAUAUUACAGACAGACUCGUUUGUAAACAGUAAACAGACAUUCUUAUCCAUGCUAUUUAUGUACAUUACGCCAUUCUUAUCCAUGCUAUUUAUGUACAUUACGCCAUUCUUAUCCAUGCUAUUUAUAUACAUUACGCCAUUCUUACCCAUGCUAUUUGUGUACAUUACGCCAUUCUUAUCCAUGCUAUUUAUGUACAUUACGCCAUUCUUAUCCAUGCUAUUUAUAUACAUUACGCCAUUCUUACCCAUGCUAUUUGUGUACAUUACGCCAUUCUUAUCCAUGCUAUUUAUGUACAUUACGCCAUUCUUAUCCAUGCUAUUUAUAUACAUUACGCCAUUCUUACCCAUGCUAUUUGUGUACAUUACGCCAUUCUUAUCCAUGCUAUUUAUGUACAUUACGCCAUUCUUAUCCAUGCUAUUUAUAUACAUUACGCCAUUCUUACCCAUGCUAUUUGUGUACAUUACGCCAUUUUUAUCCAUGUUAUUUGUGUACAUUACGCCAUUCUUAUCCAUGUUAUUUGUGUACAUUAUGCCAUUAUUAUCCAUGUUAUUUAUGUACAUUACAUCAGUCUAAUAUAUGUCAUUUGUGUACAUCACAACAUCUUAAUCUUUGUCAUUUGUGUUCAUCACAACAUUCUUAUCUUCGUCAUUUGUUUACAUCACAACAUUCUUAUCCUUGUCAUUUGUGUACAUUACAACAUUCUUAUCUUUGUCAUUUGUGUACAUCACAACAUUCUCAUCUUUGUCAUUUGUGUACAUCACAACAUUCUUAUCUUUGUCAUUUGUGUACAUCACAACAUUCUUAUCUUUGUCAUUUGUGUACAUCACAACAUUCUUAUCUUUGUCAUCUGUGUACAUUACAACAUUCUUAUCUUUGUCAUUUGUGUACAUUACAACAUUCUUAUCUAUGUCUAUGCUAUAAGUGUACACUACACCAUUCUACAAUUUUAGAUCUGACAAAAAGUGUGUACUGCAUCAUACUCGCCCAGCCUGUAGGUGUACAUUACAAACACCAUUCUACCAUUCUCGUUCAGACUAUAAGUGUAUGUAACAGCAUUUUCGUUCAGACUAUAGGUGUACAGUACACAUUGUUCUACCAUACUUUACCAAACUAUAAGUAUAAUUAUGUAAUACCAUUUUCGUCCAGACUAUUGUUGUGCAUUACACCAUCCGUAACCAAUCUCGUCCAGACUAUAUGUCCAGUUUUCCAUUUCUGACCAUACUUGAGUUUUACAUUACACCAUUUUUGUCAAGGCUACUGGUGUACAUUACACCAUUCUCGUCCAGGCUAUAUGUCCAUUUCUCCAUUUCCGUCCAAACAUAACACCAUUUUUGUCCAGGCUAUUGGUAUAUAUUACACCAUUCGCGUCCAGAUUACAUGUGUACAUUAUACCAUUCUCCUCCAAACGAUAGAUGUACAUUCUCCUUCAAACGAUAGGUGUACAUUGUACCAUUCUCGUCCAUACUAUAUGGGUACAUAACACCAUUCUCGUCCAUACUGUAUGUGUACAAAACACCAUUCAAGUCCAUACUAUAUGUGUACAUAACACCAUUCUCGUCCAUACUAUAUGUGUACAUAACAUCAUUCUCGUCCAAACUAUAUGCGUACAUAACACCAUUCUCGUUCAUACUAUAUGUGUACAUAACACCAUUCUCGUCCAUACUAUAUGUGUACAUAACACCAUUCUAGUCCAUACUAUAUGUGUACAUAACACCAUUCUCGUCCAUACUAUAUGUGUACAUAACACCAUUCUCGUCCAUACUGUAUGUGUACAUAACACCAUUCUCGUCCAUACUAUAUGUGUACAUAACACCAUUCUCGUCCAUACUAUAUGUGUACAAAACACCAUUCUUCUCCAUACUAUAUGUGUACGAACACCAUUCUCGUACAUACUAUAUGUGAACAUAACACCAUUCUCGUCCAUACUAUAUGUGAACAUAACACCAUUCCCAUUCAUAUUAUAUGUGUACAUUACACCAUUCUCGUCCAUACUAUACGUGUACAUUACACCAUUCUCGUCCAUACUAUAUGUGACAUUACACCAUUCUCGUCCAUACUAUAUGUGUACAUAACACCAUUCUCGUCCAUACUAUAGGUGUGAAUAACACCAUUAUCGUCCAUACUAUAUGUGUUCAUAACACCAUUCUCGUCUAUGUUAUAGGUGUACAUAACACCAUUCUCGUUCAUAUUAUAUGUGUACAUAACACCAUUCUCGUUCAUACUAUAUGUGAACAUAACACCAUUAUCGUCCAUACUAUAUGUGAACAUUACACCAUUAUCGUCCAUGCUAUAUGUGAACAUUACACUAUUCUCGUUCAUACUAUAUGUGUACAUAACACCAUUCCUAUCCAUAUUAUAUGUGUACAUUACACCAUUCUUGUCCAUACUAUACGUGUACAUUACACCAUUCUUGUCCAUACUAUAGGUGUGCAUUACACCAUUCUCGUCCAUACUAUAUGUGUACAUAACACCAUUCUCGUCCAUACUAUAGGUGUACAUAACACCAUUCUCGACCAUACUAUAUACAUGUAUG